AUGAGGAGAGAGAUCUCGGCCCUCGGCUGGGCCGUCGCUGCCAUCCUGAUGCUACAGGCGACGGUCACGGCCAAUCGGCCCCCACGGAGCCCGCACAGCAAGUCCAGCGUGUUUGCAGACCUGAGCGCCCAAGAGCUGAAGACCGUGCGCAGCUUCCUCUGGGCCCGCAAGGAGCUGAGGCUGCAGCCGUCCAGAGCAUCGGCCAUCGCCAAGAACUCCGUGUUCCUCAUCGAGAUGCUGCUGCCCAAGAAGCACCAAGUGCUGAAAUACCUGGACAAUGGUCAAAGGCGCCCCGUGCGGGAGGCGCGUGCCAUCAUCUUCUUCGGGGACCAGGAGCACCCCAACGUCACCGAGUUCGCUGUGGGGCCCCUGCCACGGCCCCGCUACAUGCGCGAGCUGUCCCCCAGGCCCAGGCGCCGGAUCUCCUGGGCCUCCAGGCCCAUGUCCUCGGCGGAGUACGCCCAAAUAAGCCACGCCCUGCAAGAGGCCACCAAGCCCCUGCGCCAAUUUUUCCUCGAUACCACGGGUUUCUCCUUCCACGACUGCCACACCCGGUGCCUGACCUUCACGGAUUCGGCGCCCCGGGGUUUGGCCUCGGGUCAGCGUCGCAGCUGGUUCAUCUUCCAGCUCUACGUGGAAGGCCACUUCCUGCACCCCACCGGCCUGGAGCUCUGCAUGGACCACGGAAGCACGAACCCCCAGGAUUGGACGGUGGAGCACGUCUGGUACAACGGGAAGUUCUACCGGAGCCCGGAAGAACUGGCACGGAAGUACAGUGACGGAGAGGUGGACGCGGUGGUCCUGGGGGACCCCCGCCCCUGGGGCAAGGGGGCGGAGCGCAUGGAGGAGCCCGCCCUCUUCUCCUCCUACAGGCCCCGCGGGGACUUCUCCAGCCCCGUCACCGACAGCGUGCACGGGCCCCGCCUGGUCCAGCCCCAAGGCCCCCGCUACCGGCUGGAGGGCCACGCCGUGCUCUACGGGGACUGGAGCUUCGCCUUCCGCCUGCGGCCCACCACGGGCCUGCAGGUCCUGAACCUGCUCUUCCGCGGGGAGCGCGUGGCCUACGAGGUGAGCGUGCAGGAGGUGCUGGUGCUGUACGGAGGCCACACGCCGGCCGGCAUGCAGACCAAGUACUUGGACGGGGGCUGGGGCCUGGGCACCUUAUCCCACGAGCUGGCCCCUGGCCUCGACUGCCCGGAGACCGCCACCUUCCUGGACGCCGUGCACCACUUCGACGCCGACGACCCCAUCCUCUACCCCCGCGCCCUCUGCCUCUUCGAGAUGCCCACGGGGGUGCCCCUCCGGCGGCAUUUUAAUUCCAACUUCAGCGGGGGCUUCAACUUCUACGCGGGGCUCGAGGGCCAGGUGCUGGUGUUGCGGACGACCUCCACGGUCUACAACUACGACUACAUCUGGGACUUCAUCUUCUACCCCAGCGGGGUGAUGGAGGCCAAGGUGCACGCCACCGGCUACGUCUUCGCCACCUUCUACACCCCCGAGGGGCUGCGGCACGGGUCCCGCUUGCACACGCACCUGCUCGGCAACAUGCACACGCACCUGGUGCACUACCGCGUCGACCUGGACGUGGCAGGCACCAAGAAUGGCUUCCAGACCCUGCAGAUGAAGCUAGAAAACAUCACCAACCCCUGGAGCCCGACGCACCGCCUGGUGCAGCCGACCCUAGAGCAGACCAAGUACCCCAGGGAGCGCCAGGCGGCCUUCCGCUUCGGACGGCCUCUGCCCAGCUACCUGCUCUUCUCCAGCCCCCAGACGAACCCCUGGGGCCACACGCGCACCUACCGCCUGCAGAUCCACUCCAUGGCCGAGCAAGUCCUGCCCCCUGGCUGGCAGGAGGAGAGGGGUAUCACCUGGGCCAGGUACCCCUUGGCGGUGACCAAGUACCGGGAGUCUGAGCUACGCAGCAGCAGCCUCUACAACCAGAACGACCCCUGGGACCCGCCGGUGGUCUUCGAGGAUUUCCUUCGCAACAACGAGAACAUCGAAGAUGAGGACUUGGUGGCCUGGGUGACAGUGGGCUUCUUGCACAUCCCCCACUCAGAGGACAUCCCCAACACGGCCACGCCGGGAAACUCCGUGGGCUUCCUGCUCCGACCCUUCAACUUCUUCCCAGAGGACCCGUCCCUGGCGUCCAGAGACACGGUGAUCGUGUGGCCUCGGGAUAACGGCUCCAAUUACGUCCAGCGCUGGAUUCCUGAGGAGGACGGGGACUGCUUGAUGCCCCGCCCCUUUAGCUACAAUGGGACCUACGGGCCCGUGUGA